UUCUGAGCUAGGGGCUGUCUCCAUCCAUAGCAAAAUGUAACUUUGUUGUAGAUGAGCGUAAGCCUCACCCCGGAGAGCGCUAGUAAGUACAGACCAGGUGAACCCAACGCUUCUCUUCUCUGUCGUUCCCCUCCCCUCCCCACCCAAUUAGACCCUGGGCCUGGACCCCACCCCGCCACGCCCCUCCCCACCCCCCAUGCCCCAGAGUUCCCUCCCCAGCUAGGGACAGGGAGGGUGUGAGGUGAGCUUGGGCCCAGCCCAGAUCCUGGGGUGGGAGCCCUGGGGGCUGGCUGAGAAGAAUCAGCCCCCUCUGGAUCAGGAGAUCAUGUGGGAUCUCCCAGCCCUGUCGGGGAGCUGGGAGCCUCCGGGGCUUGUGUGUGAAUGACCACUUUCCCAGGGGUGGGCCUGUCAGUCCUCAAAUGAGAUCCUGUCAAGACUUAAAAGAUGGGGUGUCUGAAAGUCCAGCCCUCAGAGGGAACAGCUCCGUUUCACGUCACGUCUGCUGACACAGCCCUCUUUGUGCCAGUGUCAGGGGACCACAGGAGGAAGAGACAGUCCCCCAGAGACCCCAGAACAUUGAAGGGAAAAUGAAGAGCCUCCCAUCACAGAAACAACCUGAAACAGAGCUCGUGGUGUUAAUAUGUUUUCCAAGUUCGUCGAGUGGUUGUGCUUUUCUCCUCUGAGCUGGCAUCCAGGGCAGGGCGGGGUGCUGGGGUGAACGUCACAGGGUGCCCUCGGCGGUCAGCUGCCUCUCGGAGCAGUGGCUGCCAGCUGUUGGUUGAGGUCCUCGUGUGCCGAGAUGGUAUUCUUUUUUUCCUUACAAAACAUUUCCGGUGCGGCUCCAGGUCCAGAGCAUGGAGAAGCCCCAGUACCGAGGGACCUUGCACUGCUUCCAGGCCAUCAUCAAGCAGGAAAGCGUGCUGGGCCUGUACCGCGGCCUGGGCUCACCCCUCCUGGGGCUCACCUUCAUCAACGCGGUGGUGUUCGGCGUGCAGGGCAACACCCUCCGGGCCCUGGGCCGGGACUCGCCGCUGAACCAGUUCCUGGCGGGCGCGGCGGCGGGCGCCAUCCAGUGUGUCAUCUGCUGCCCCAUGGAGCUGGCCAAGACGCGGCUGCAGCUGCAGGAGGCGGGGCCGGCCCGCACCUACCGUGGGCCCCUGGACUGCCUGGCGCAGGUCUACCGGCGGGAGGGCCUGCGCGGCGUCAACCGGGGCAUGGUGUCCACACUGCUGCGCGAGACCCCCAGCUUCGGCGUCUACUUCCUCACCUACGACACGCUGACGCGCGCGCUGGGCUGCGAGCCAGGCGACCGCCUGCUGGUGCCCAAGCUGCUGCUGGCGGGUGGCACAUCGGGCAUCGCGUCCUGGCUCUCCACCUACCCCUUGGACGUGGUCAAGUCGCGGCUGCAGGCUGACGGGAUGCGGGGCGCCCCACGCUACCGGGGCAUCCUCGACUGCGUGCGCCAGAGCUACCGCGCCGAGGGCUGGCGCGUCUUCACGCGCGGGCUGGCCUCCACGCUGCUGCGCGCCUUCCCCGUCAACGCCGCCACCUUCGCCACCGUCACGGUGGUGCUCAGCUACGCCCGCGGCGAGGAGGCCCGGCCCGAGGGCGAUGCUGUGCCCGCCGCCCCGGCGGGGCCCGCCUUGGCCCAGCCCUCCAGCCUGUGACGCCCGGGCCCCCGGCACCCGAGGGCCCGACCUCUCCCGGGGCCGCUUUUCCAAAACGCAGCCUAGACAUAAAUUGGGGCCCCGACACCGACCGCCCUGCACCGCACUCCCAGACCCCGUGGGCUGUGGACUCCAUCAGACCUGGGUUGAAUUCCACGCCUGAGCUGGGUGACCCUGGCCACAAAUUUGACAUCCUCGGUUUUCUCCUCUGUGAAAUGGGGAUCCUCAUACCCGCGUUGUACAGUCAGGAAGCUCAGAGAUGAUGCCCCUGUGGCACCCAGCCUGGCACUGUUACUUGGAGUCUUCCAGAAACCCAGCCAACACUCCAGCCCUUUCCUGGGAUCCCAGCCACACCACCAUGGGGUCUCUGAUGACCCACCCAUGAGCUUGCCAGCGACUCGCUAACGCUGCAAAUCCUCCACCUGGCGGAGCUCUCGGGACACUUCUUGGCCACCUGUCCAGUCUGUGUUAGGGACAGAGAGGCCGUUCAGGGGCUCCUGGUGUCAUAGAACUGAAUCUUCUGCCAGUGCACCCCAGCUUCUCCAUGUGGCAAGGCUGGGAAUACCCCUACCCCUGACGCUCCCACUGGAGGGUAAUCUGGGGGACCACUAAGAAGCCAUGAGACCUUCUGGAAGCUCUGUAUUGGCCUAGGGGCUGGGGUGGGGGAGCGGGCACAGGUCAGUGGGAGGGGAGAUCUCAAGAGGUAAAUACAGCCAUGGCAAGGAGAAGUCUUUUCACCCUCUGGGCUUCAGGCUGCCCAUCCGUAAAAUGGGAACGUGGGUCAGCGGAUGUCUGGGGCUCUGGCCCACUACCAACGGCCAGGAACCAACACCAGGGUUCCCCAGGAAAUGGUGUCCUUCCCAGACAAUCUCAAUGCUUCGUGUCCCUGUGAAUCAUCGCAGGGCCUGUAAGUGGGCACAGGUACCGCCAGUUUGGGCCCCUCCAGGCCGAAGGGCAUCUGAGCGCACGCUCCAGGGGCAUCUGACGCUCCAGGGGCUGUCACUAGAAGCAGGGCUGUGGUGUGAGCUCAGGGCAGCCCGGGCGCAUCCAGUACAUCAUGGCCGUGAGAAUGGGUGGGAGGAGGAUGCUUUUGCACAAGCUGCAGGUGACUGUGGCCUCCUUUGCCCCGAGUGGCGCUCAGCCUCUUGGGCAAAGUGAUGAUAAGCUCUCCCAGGAGGCAGGCUGUGCUCAGGGAAGGACAGGACUCCCACCUUGUACACGUGGCAUCAUUGUUGUACAGAAACCGCCAAGGGAAUAAAGUGUUCUUUGUUUUUUUAAGACAAUGGGGCUUUGUGUAUCAUAGAGGAAGAGGUCUCAGUCCCACCCCGACACUGGA